CAGACGACAGGGCAGCGUUGAUGGGAACAGCAAUAAACGGUCAGGCACUCCUGGUAUGAAGAAGCAGUAGCGGUGAACGAGCGAAAUGGUUUUUGCGGAGCUAGUUAUCCUUGCGGAUAUUAUGUCGCGUCAUCAGCUGCUAGCGACUUCGACUGCCACUACUCCUUGUGUUUGCCAGGCUGGACGCAAUGCGUUCAUCUAGCGUGUGAAACGUUAGGGCAUAGCCGUUAUCGAGCAAUGGCCAUUUCUACGAUUGUCACUCUCAGGAGAGACUUAGAGCGGGUUGAGUUCCUGUCGAUUGUACGCUAACUACAAAGUCGCAAAUUCGAUGAUCGAUGACGCCAAAGGACCGACGAUAGCUGAUGGUCUUAUUACUGCCGCUGCUAGUAAAAUAGAGCGUAAAGCUCAUUAUUGCCAAUUGGGUCAGCCGCCCAACCAGCCAGGCAUUCGCUUGUCGAGCUUAUGAGUACAGGUCAUCGCUCCCUGCAUUGGCGCCAAAGCAGGGUUAACGUUGCCAAAAUCAACGACAUCACCGCCUGUACAGCAAGUACACUGCUCGCCUGGAGUGCCAUCCGUUACGGUAGCCACAGCGCAGGCACUAAUAGGGGACCAUGCAAAGGCGUCGUGUUCCUGUUCUGGGUUACCGGAAAAAAAACAGCCGCUUAUGCUGCCAGUAAUGUGAAUAGCCUGACAGUAGCAACAACAAGUACAUACCGGAUGAAUACUAUUGACUUUGUAAUACCUCGAACAUAUCAAUUAAAGACUGCGUUGAGUGAUAGUGUGAAGCAUACAAUAACAUAUGUAUAUUAUGAUUGUACCUGAACAUUUUUUUACUACCGUAUUGUAUUAUCGCACGAGUAUGAUUCAGUACGAAGUAGGAGCCUUAAUAAGCUACAUUGGCACACUCAAUGGACUCUGUUAAUCAGGCGUGACGUUUAUAGGCACCCGCGCUUGCAGUAUGUGUGUGCCGCAAAUUAACGUAGUUUGUUCGAUCCCGUCUUGAAGCGUGACGCAAUCUGCCUUACCAAAAGGACCUCUGCUUUAAUUAGAGUGCUAAUGAUGAACUAGCAAUCGUUGCCGCUACCGCUGCUGGUGUCAGGAGCGACAUAUAAACAAAGCAAAAGAUUUGCGUGCUAAGAGCGACGUGACUUGAUCCGGACGUUUUGCACGGACGUCAGUUCUCUGACAGUGUAGUUCGAACGCUAACGGUGGUGUUCAGGCUCAACUAUCUCUAUUCGUUAUUGUCAGAGGACGACAAAAUAGCCCAUCAGACAGGCAAAGUGACCGCUAUCCGGUGGGUUGUGUAUUACCAAAUCAUUACAGAUCUAAUAUGUGCUGUGUCAGCAGCACGUCGACACUACCAAAGCACUGUAUGGAUUUUUGGGAAAAUUUUUGGGGUGGAGUAUCAUUGCUUAUUGCCGGCUUGUUUAUUCUAUGUUCUUUCGUCUAUUCGGUUCUACUGAAUAUUGUUACAGAAGAUGAUCCAGCUAGUUUUAUUCUUUUAGCUACGAUGGUGUUUAGCGAAUUCGCCUUAUUGAUGUGGUCAUAUGGGGCGACACAUUUUACACGUCCGCCAGAUAUCCCAGCGAAGUACCAUUUCACUUCGGAAGAGUGGUCGUUUCUCGAAGAGCAUGGCUUCCAAACGGAGGCGGUGCGUGAGCGGCUGUCAGCCAUGGCCGUACAGAGGGGGGUUCGCACCCGUUCGUAUAGCGGCCAUGUCAAUUACUGCUACCAGUGUCGUCUUAUCAAACCAGAACGAACUCACCACUGCUCGAUGUGCCGUCGUUGUAUUGCACGUAUGGAUCAUCACUGUCCCUAUUUCGGGAAUUGUAUCCACUUUAGCAACUUUAAAUUCUUUGUGCUGACGUUGUUCCAUGCAAGUUUAGCCUGUUUGUUAAUCGUAUUGUCAACCGUUGUUUACGUAGUGGUUCAUGGAAGGGGUCUGCAUCGCAUGUAUGAUAACAUACCUGCAAUGGUCGUCUUUGGCUUUAUGAUGGGAGUGUGCAUCAUUAUCGUAUUCACGAUCGGUGGAUUUUUUUGUGUAUCAAUGAAGCAGGCGAUACACAACAUGACGACAUUGGAGAGUAUCGGUGGCACGGUUCUUUUCGCGGAUGGUACCAAAGAGACCUAUGACCUCGGCUCGUACAUGAUGAACUUGCGGCAACUUUUCGGCCCUGUUAUGAUCGCCUGGUUUGUACCUAUUUAUAGCACACCUGGGGAUGGUAUGACAUUUUUAGUUCGCUCGGAACUGCCCAAAGAGGACAAGCAGCGAAAGCAGGAGCGUAAGUUAAAACCUACAAAUUUUCUAGAGUCGCGCGGAGCUGUCGGGCCGAGUUAGCCCCAAUCAUCUUAUUGAAGUUCAUAUUCGUUAGGGGUUAAAAAUAUAAGCGUCGCACCUUAAAGGUGAGGCAGGAUUUUAGGAGCCUUUGUGUAAGGUAGCUAAUUUCAAUGUACUUGUCAUUUAUACGGAAACAACUUUAAACUGUGAUAUAUUGCUAGGGACGAUUAUUGGUGAAUUCGCAAUGGAACCUGUCGGAAGUAUGUACUAGUGUGAAUGUUAAUAUGUAUAUUAUAUAACAUUUCAAUUGUUGUUGUUGAAAGUUACUA